AUAAAGUGGGUUAAAUGUGGCGGCGGGUGGCAACGGGCUGUAGUGGCGACUGCCUUGUUUAUUGUGAGACAAGACGCUGGUAGGGGUGGCUGUGUGUCUUCCCUCUCUCCUCCACCUCUUCUCCCUCUCUGCCAGGAUGCAAGAGGUACAUAAUUCUUACUAAGUUCACGUUACUUAACACCAAGACAACCAAAGAUGGCGGACGAAUGUGUGAUAUGCGGUGAAGCUGUGGAAGGCAAGCCGUUGUAUAAAAAACUAGGCUCGGGCGAGUUUAAUGUUGAGGUGAUCACCGCUUUGCACGCCUUGCAACUGACACGUCUUCCAGAAAGCGCCAAGAAUGAUAGCUACAUCUGUUGGGACUGUGAUGAGAUAAUAGUGGGAGAGUAUAGCAGCUACCUAGAAAAUGAGAAAAAGCAAAAGGAAGAAGCGGCAAAAGUAAAGCAAGUUAAAAAACAACACCGAGCUCAGCAAAGAAAACGACAAUUAAGGCAAAAUCAGAAGAAACAGAAAGCAACAGGAACAGUAAAACAGCAAAGUGUAUGGACUGUGCAACAGCCAGAAGUUUGGCAUAAUUCAGUCAAAAGUGAGAACAUUAAGCUCUCCAAGACAAAGCUGUUGGAGCAGAAGCGGGCGAGUAAUGCAUACCACAACACACACUGUAUCCUGUGUGAUAGCAACUUCGAAAGUCGAGACAGAGGCUACCAACGCUUGCCCCUCAAGAAGAGAGUCAACGACGAGCUUGAUAUUGCACAGGUGAUGGAGCAACUGGGUCUUGCUCGGCACAUUGAACCCAAAAUGAAAGGGAGACGCUUUGUGUGCAACCCCUGUUUUGUUAUUAUACGUCGGAAUUACAAAAACAAGCUCAUGAAAGGCACAUCAAUUGAAGGGUCAUCCUCUUGCUCGGAGCCAAUGGCGCCUGCAGGUACUCUCAAUCCAAUUCACAGAGCAACAACAGAAGAGCAUGCUGCAGAAAUUGCCAAGCUUCUUCCUCCUGCACUGGCUGAGUGUUACAAGAUUUUGACUAGUGAUUGUAUGUCCAAGAAAUCAAAUGAUACCAACAAGUUGGAGUCUCGAGCUGAAAAGAAUGGAGAUGUUGAUGACGCUGCAACUGUUAACACAGUUACAGAUGUCAGUAGUAGCAGUGACCCUAAGGCUUUGUCUGAGAGUGUGCCAGAAGAAGACAUGGAUGAGCAAGGAGCUGAAACUGAGGCAGAGGAGGAAGAAAGUGGAUUAAAUGUAUCACAAGAUGAGCAUGGGAACUAUUUCAUUGAUAUGGAUGUGAUUAACUCGCCAAGUGAUGGCGAUGACUCGGCAAAAGAUGAUGACAGAAGCAAGGAAUUGCCCGAAGAAAAUCAAAAUGAGGCCUCUAAUAUACCACGUACGAAGAAAAAUGUCAUGUUGCCCAAAAGGUUGCAUCAUCAUCUGUCUUCAAACCAUAAUGAUGACAAGAGGCAAUUGGAAACGCUAUCACCUACACAAAAGGCGGAUAAAACACCCGAAACAGGAAAGGAUUGCCAGGAUGGAUCUAUAACGACUGCUGCAGAGUCGGAUUACACUGGCAUCUGUAACAUUUGUGCAAUAAGUUUCACUGGAAAACCCCAAGAUUGGUGGUAUAUGCUUAACAGUCCAUUGUCUGGAUUUGAGAGCAUAUCAGUCUCAAUGGCUUUGAAGCUAUUGGAGACCUCACUGGCCCACUCCAGUAAAGAAGCAUGUGAUGCGCGACAAGUUUGCUCUCCAUGUUAUGGCAAAGUGUCUGCAGGCUUUCGGUCUCAAGUUGUACAAAGGAUUGCACGGCAGAAAAAUAUAAAUGCAUCGCAAGUAAAUCUAUCGAAGGUGAAGGUUCGGAUGGUGCCAAAGGAAGAACUGCCGUCUGUUUUAGAAAGUCAGUCUGGGGACGCUGAGGAAACAUUGGAGGAGAGAUGCGGAGCAGGAAACAACAAAACUGGGGAAUUUGAAAAGGAAAACAUGGAAGUCAGUGAUAGGAAAGGACAAAAGAGAAAAUAUGGUGAUGCAGAGGACAUUCAGAGAAAAAGCAAAAGAAUUAAGAAUUGUACAACAAAAGCUAGUGAAGCCUUUGGUGUAAAGAAAAAAGAAAUUGGGGAUGAUAAUGAAAUAGCAAGGAUGGAAAAUGAGGCUUUUCACAAAGAGACUCAGAGAAGCAUCUUGCAAAAGGCUGUUUAUGUUACCAAAAGUCGCAGGAAAAUUAAAUUGAGCCCAAAGAUUUUGGAUGUACAGAUAGAUGAUGAUGAUAUUGAAGAUUUUAUUGUCAGUGAUGAUGAUUAUGAUCUAAAAAUCAACUCGAGACAGUGUCAAACCCAGGGCUCUAGCCAAAACAAUGUUUCUUCUUCAAAAGAUGAUCAGUCUUAUUUGAGUCAUGAUAAUAGUGUGUGGAAUGAUAGUGGGGGUGAAACUCCUCGGGUGAAUUGCUCAAACAGACGGUUACGUUUGAAACAAAGACAUAAAAGACCAAAGAAAGUAAUUCAGAAAUCUAAAAAGCCUAAAGCUGUUGUAGUGCUCAAAGAUUUGAAGUUUGUGCUCCCUCAUGAAGCUUUUGGUGGAAAAGCAGUAUCAGCAGUUAAAAUUGAAGGAAAUAUGGAUCACCAAACAUCUGCAUCUCCCGAAGUCAACUCCUCGAGUCACUCGAUGCACGAGAAACCGCAAGAUUGGAUUACCUCAAGCGGUCACACUUCUCUUUUACAGUCUGGUCCGGGUGCAUAUUCCUCACCAUUACAAUAUAUUUUUAAUUCAUUAUCUAAUUCUCUCCAGCCAUCGUGUUCACAUUCCAAAGAAGUAUGUAACCCAUCGUUAGAGACAGAACUCACUGGUGGCAAGAAUUUAAGUGAUAAAGAAAUUGAUUCAUCUCUGUCUUGCAUAAGUGGCCGUUGUGUGGUGUGUGGCUGUAAUUAUUCUGUCCAGAGAGAGUUUUGGCACAACAUCGAUGAAAAUAUAAAGCCCCCAACACUGAUGGUGCCAGUACGAUGGGUGUGCGUGUCCCUCAGUGUUGAUCAAAUUGAACUCUCACAGCGGGACCGCGAUGAUGGCAAGGUGUGCAGACAUUGCUUUGUACGACUGGCAAAGCAGUUUGAAAAAUUUGUGAAGACAAAAGUGGGAGAAUCAUGCGGGAUGACACCCAUAUCAGUUGACCUAUCAGAGUACUUGAUCACUUUCAACAAGGAGACAAUGAAUAUUGAAGCUGACCCCAAGCAACAUUCUUAUGUAUUAGAAUUUGAGGAUGCAGGCCAGCUGUUAAUGAAGAUUUUGCCAGUGAUACAAAGCUUCAGUAUUGAUGAUAUUGUGGGCAAGGGUCACCGCCAGCCUCUUGACAUAAAGGAUUUCUCUACAUGGUUGCUCUUGGUACUCAAUGAGCUCAGAAUUCAGACAGGGGCAGGCAUAGGGGAUCUGGCAGAAUGGCUAAUUCGUUUGAUGCCCACGGAGAUGUACGAUAAAGGAUUACGCCCUUGCCGGAACAGCUUGGCUUCUUUCCUUUUGAGUGUAACAAAAUCUUCAGACAUAUUUACAAAAGACAAGCUAAGUACUGCCAUACCCCCAGAGGUGUUUAUUUUUAAUAACCAAACUCCAGGUGCAAAUAUUAUAACUGAAGAUAAUCAGCAUAGAUUAGGUCUGCCCCAGCAGAACAACCAAGGUGAUCAAUUAGACUGCAUGAAAAGGGUGACAUUGAGCAGCACACACACAAUCGAAUCAAGUCCUCCCCAAGAGAGUAACCAGGAGGAUCGAUUAGACUGCUUGGAAAAUGAUAGGGAAAAUGUAAAUUGGGAGGACUUUUUGACAAUUAUAAACAUUGAUGAUCUGAUGAAAGGAAGAGCUAAACCCUUGUCUGUGAAGCAGUUUAACAAUGGUGUUCUGUAUGCAAUGUGGAGGGUCUCUCAGAUGCUGGGAGAGGAUGAUCAUACUGUUGUUGAGUGGCUAAAACAGUUAUCACCAGUUCCUUUGCAGAAAGAUGAACUUGAAAAAGUUGUAGCUUCUGCAAGCUCACUUCACAAUUACUUAGAAAAGCAUCCGGGUGAUGUACAAAAAUUGAAACGUGAAAUAAUUCGUAUGAAGACCAGUGGCAGUUCAUUGAUGCUGGGAGAUCAAAAUUCUGAUAAAAAUGUUCCUGUUAGUGAUCCUCUUUCCGUCACAAUAGAUUCUAGCAGAGCAACAAAAUUGGAAGGAAAUAUUAGUAGAGAAAAGAAUAUACAAAAUGACAUGCCCAAAGAUAAGAAAUCUACAGAUAAUGCCACUAAUCUAAUGUCAGAUAAUAAAAAUAAGAUUACUACAUUAGAGAAGUCAAGGCCAAAAGUAAAUAGACCUUUCCGUAGAAGAUAUAAGUCUCGUAAAAGACCACUUAGUUUGUCAGACAGGCCAAUGACUGGACAUGACAAGAAGAAAAAUCUUGAGCAGAAGCAUGCCUCAAGAAUGGCAGCAAAUGUUGAUUCUGCACAAGGGUGCAGUGAGGAGAUUACUCCCCAUACAACUUGUGAGUCAUUGAAAGACUCCACAUCCCUUUGUGGCAUAGAUGAGAACAUCUCCGACAUAGCUACUAAGGCAGGGGACAGUCUUCCUUGUUUGCCAGAAGCAAAGAAAAACUGUAAAACUGAUGCUAAAGAUGAUGAUGGAAAAUCUGCUAGUAUAGAAACAGUAGGUAUUUUGGCAACUGGUGAAGUAAAAACUCCUCUCAAAGCUACAGCUGCAGUCAGUAGUCUUAAAUCAGAAAUAUACAAGACUGAUGAUGAGCAGCAAACUGCAAUUGAAAAUACGGCAAGCUUUUGUGCCAGUAAUGAGGAAAAUCAUUCUGACAAAGCAUCAGAGAUGGACAGCCAUUCGUCUUUGCCUCAAGGAAGGCAAAAGAAUAAAUCAGGAACUGAUAUUAAAGUAGAUGUAGAGAAACCUGUUGGUGAAACUACAUUAGGUAAUGAUGAUUGUGAUGAAAGCCUCUCUCUCGGAGUUACAGAGGUAAGUAGUAGUGUUGCAUGUUUGCCUGAAGGAGGACAAAAUAGUAAAUCAGAAACUGAACCUAAAGAUGUAAGAAAAUCUGCUAUUCUUAGUGAAAAAACAGUAGGCAUUUGUGCUAGUGGGAAGGGAAAUGUCUCGCACAACGCUACGGAGGCAGCAGACAGUCGUUCGUGUUUGCCUAAAGCGAGGAGAAACAGUAAGUCAGAAACUGAUACUAAAGAAGAUAGAAGAAAAUCCUCUGGGGGAAAAGCAUUGGAUGUUAAGGCCAGGGAUAAGGAAGAUAUUUUGCACAAAGCUGCAGAGGGAGCGGAAAGUCAUCCAAGUUUGUCUAAAAUAAGAAGAAAUAGCAAAUCAGAAAGUGAUACAAAAAAUGUAGCAAAGCAUAUUGUUGGAAAAACCAGUUGCAAUCAAGCUAAAAAUAUGGAUGCAAAGGUUCAUGAUUUUCAAGGUAAGUUACAUAAUGGAGAUAGGAGGCAAGUGUCUAAAAGUAAACAGAAUACCCAAAAUCUUGACAGAAAUGAAAUGGCCAGCAAGAGAACAUCUAUAAAACCAAGUGAAGAGCAAAAGAAUGUAGAAGCAAAACUGGUGCCCAUCAAAUUAGAUAGCAGAAAGCCUAUUAUUGAUGAGGAGCAACCUGAAUCUCGCCAGAUUUCAAACACAAUUGGGAAGGUGCAGAAACUGGGAAAGGAACUUGGGGAUUUGAAGAAGUGUAAUCAAGAAUUGUUGAAAGAUAAUCAGAAAAAUCAGAAAUUGGUGAGUGAGUGUUUUAAAAGAGAAGAUAUGGUGUUGAAUCAGCAAGGAUCGACUAGUACCGAUGUUAAAAGCAGAGACGACUUCUCUGACACAUUACACGUGAGUGAAGCAAGCCCAAUUCCUCGUAAAUCUUUUGCCAAAGCUUCUCGGUUUUCAUCGGGGUCAACCGUAAAUAGCCCUGAGAAUGUCCUCCACAAUAAAUUAAAAUCUAAGAAAAGGUUAAAUGCAUUUAAGAGAAAAGUCAAAUUUGUUGAAAAUAAAUUAAAAUUUAAGAGACAACAUGAUAAAGCAAAUUUGCCAAAUACUCAAGAAAGCAUAAAAUCUCCACAGAAGAAUCUGAAAAAUAAAAUAUUAAAGGAAGGAGCUUCUCAAGGUGAAAAGGAAAGAAGUAAAGUAAGUGACAAAAUGGCUUUUGAUGCCGAUAAAAGAGACCCACUUACCGUGCCAGAGUCAAUACCCGAGACGACUACAAAAAUGACCGUGAAGAAUACUGUAAACAAACCACUGGAGGCAAAACAUAAAGAAAAAUUAUGCAGGGAUUCUGUCCAUGAAAAUGAUGAAAAAUCCAAUGAGAGACUACAGGAAAGGGACGUUACCAAAGGAAAUCCUAAACCUUUAUCAUUGGGAAACAGUUCUCCGCAUUCCCACAGAAAAUCUAAUGCAGGUGGGGCACAGUUAUCUUCAAAAGCACUGACAAAAACCCAAAGUCCAUCACAUAAAAUGAUACAAAAGACGAAAAAAGCACAAACAGGAUUGAAACGUGAACGUGAGAAAAUGGGAACCACACCUCAGACUACAACUGAUGUUAAAGUUGGUGACAAACUGCAUGGCCCCGCCGAGAAAAAAGCAAAACAAAAGCCAAGGUUUGAAGAUUUAAUGAACUAUGAUAUGGGUCCAUUGAUUCCUCCUUAGAUGUGUCAUGUAUGCAAAAUUCUGGUUACAAAGUCAAACAAGUAAA